AUGCCGGGUCAGCAAGAAGACGUGCAAUCCUCUAUUUCUUUCGUGAAAUUGGUGGAGCAGAACCUGUGCUUAUGGAAUUAUAAGCUGAAAAUUUAUUGCAGGACUGAUUUGACAGGUGUUGUGUGGAAAGAAAUAGCUGAAAAGCUGAAGGAAACAGAACAAGUUUGCCGAGACAGGUGGAAAAAUAUUCGUACCGCUUAUGGGAGAUCGCUCAAGCCACCAAAAUCUGGGUCCGGAUUCAAAUCGAAAAAACCCUACUACUUGGCAACCCACCUUGAUUUUCUCCGUCCUUACAUGAAAGGGGCUUCAACAUCUGGUAGCCUUCCACCAGAAGAAGAAACUGGAACACAAAGUGAUGAAGGAACACUAGAUAUUCCGGAGACACAAGUUGAAAAAGGCUUGUUAGAUACUCGACGAGAACUUUUUGUGGAUGAGAUGUCUCGUGUAGAAAACGAACCUGAUAUUACCCAGGAAUCCAGAGCUCGAAAGAAAAAAAAAAUUCCUCAGCCAAGUGACGCAGACAAAGCGUUCAUCGAGUGGCUUGAAAAAUCUAGGUUGGAAGAAUCAUCUACUGAAACCACUUCUGACUUCAUACCAGAAAUCAUCGACCGAGUUGCAAAGUCACAUAAUGUAAUUAUAGCCAAUUUGCCCAGGAGUGGAGAUGAUGGAGAACGAGCCUCGGCAAUUGUGGAGCAUAUUUAUCGUACAUCCAUAUCUAACAAAUUGAUACCUGAUCAACAACAUGGCUUUCUUCCGGGUCGUUCUACCCUUACGAAUCUCCUCGUGGCAGUGAAUGACUGGACCAAAUCUAUAGACGCUGAUAUUCCCAUUGAUGUUAUAUACUUAGACUUUGCAAAAGCGUUUGACAAAGUACCACACCGUCACCUUAUUCAUAAGCUGGAGCACUUGGGAAUACGAGGAAAGCUCCUCUCUUGGAUUGAUUCAUUCCUCAACGAUAGAAAAUUCAGGGUCAGGGUUGGUGGUGUUUUCUCCGAUCUUGCCAUGAAAGUCACAAGUGGAGUUCCUCAGGGUUCCGUUCUCGGUCCUAUCCUCUUUCUACUGUACACGUCAGAUCUACCCAGUCUAUUUGACUCAAGUUGCCUUCUUUUCGCUGACGAUGCAAAGUUGUACAGAGCUCCUUCACUUUCUCCCAACCAGCUACAAUUGGACCUUGACAAGCAAGUGCAGUGGGCUGAGGAAUGGCAGUUGCCUCUUAAUGUUGCCAAAUGCUGUGUGCUGCACAUUGGACGGAAUAAUCCGAGGAUUCAGUAUACGUUGGAUCGACAAUUUCUUACCGAGGUUCGUAGUCAUCGGGAUCUUGGUGUGCUCGUGAACUCUGAUCUAGACUGGUCGGAGCACAUCGCUGAGGCCUGCGGUAGAGCCAAGAGGACCACUUACCUCCUUCAGAAAACUUUUGGAGGCUGCAGUAUCCAGGUUGCAAGGUUGCUGUACACUUCAUAUGUGAGACCACUCAUGGAGUAUGCUGGACCAGUAUGGUGGGUCAAACUGAAGUCCGACUCUGAACUUCUUGAGUCGGUUCAGAGGUGGUGCACAAGGAUCCCAUUUUCGUUCCACGCUCGACCCGACUACCUUACAAGAUUAAGGUUGUUUGAGCUGUCCACCUUCGAGGACCGGCGUACCAGGGGUGACAUGUUGGUGACGUUUAGAGCGGUGCACAAUAUUUUUGGCGUGGAUCUUCGGCACUUGUUCGCGUUGAAUAAUAAUAGUCUUCGUGGCCACAACUACAAGUUGGCCAAGGAGCCAUUCAGGACCACUUGCCGGAUGAAUCUUCUCUCCAACAGAGUCUUCAAUGUUUGGAAUCAUGUUCCGGAGGAGGUGGUAGGCGCAACAUCUGUGAACGGGUUUAAAAACGGGUAUGAUCGGUGGAAAGAGAGAUUUUCCUGUGCGGGUUGA